CAAUUCGCGCCUCUGUGGACGCACCUGCGCGAGCAGGGCUUCUCGAGCCUGUUUCUCGAUCUGGACCCAGACACGCACGGCCGCCCGCCGUCCGAGAUCCUCGCGCUGAUGGAGGACGAGAUGGUGCGCCUGCUGCGCCACCCGCCGCCCGAGGUGGGCGUGCCGCCCUUUCCGCCGGCGCUCACGGCGGCGGGGGCCGUGUGCGCCGUCGCCGAGCAGUAUGCGUCGUCGCACCCCCUGUCGGCGCUGCAGCUCGUGGACCCGCCCCUCUCGAUGGCGCGCGCGGCUGUCGACUACCCCCACCUGCUCGGCCCCGAGGCGCUCCCGGAGUUCCACUUUGAGCCCUUCUUCCCCGCGCGGGUCGUGUGGACCGCACGCGCCCUGGCCGAGCGCGAGGCACGCCAAGUGCCGUGGUUCGAGAGGCACCGCAUCGAAGCGCAGCGCGACGACGACGAGGGCGAUGUGGACCGUUACGAAUGGGCGUCGCUGGAGCAGGGCGCCGACGAAAUGGGCCGACCCGCCACGGACAGCGAGUACGUCGACGACGCAGCGGCCGCCGGCAGCGCAGACGCGCCCCCCACGCGCGUGCCGCCGGGGACGCUGCCCGACUGGUUCCACACAGGCGCGUACGAGUUUGCGCGCGAUGGCUCCAAGAAGCGGCCGAUCACGCUGGACGAGUCGGACCUGCGCGAGCGCUUCAUCCGGGGGCGCGGCCCAGGCGGACAGGCCAUCAACAAGCUCUCUACGAACGUGGAGCUCGUCCACGAGCCGACGGGCACGCGCAUCACCUGCCAGGCGACGCGCAGCCGCGCGCAGAACCGCGAGAUCGCGCGCCGCCAGAUGAGCCAGCGCCUCGAGCUGCUCAUCAAGCAGUCAUGGGGCCCCAUGCGCGGCGGCGCGCAGGUCCCGCGCGCACUCGCGCCCAGUGUCCUGCAGUCGCAGUGGGACAAGGCGCGCCGGCGCAAGCAGAACAAGCGCAAGAAGCAGCAGCGCCGCGCCGCCUCGCCCUAG